AUGAAUAGCGAACCAAAACCGACGCUGGCGGUGUCAUCUCAUUUUAUGACCACGGAUAAUCAGGACCAAUACAAAGGAAUGUACGCCACAAAUCGGUUAAGUAUCGCUAAUCUUCUGAGCUCUCCCUCGCAAGUGAUGCAAGGUGCAAGUGAAAAUUGGCAGAAUAUUUUUCUGGAUCGACAACUCAACGAAUCGUUACUUCCACAUCUCUUGCAAAAUCCAUGGGCCAUUAAUUUCUGGCUCCAAUUCCAAAAUUCUCAACUACAACCGCAAUUACAAUAUGCCGCUAUUGCUCGCAGUUUCAUAACAGAAAACCCGCUGGAUUUGAGUAAUAAAACAAUGAAUGCGCUUCAAAAGCUUGGUGCACUGAGCAAUGGUGACAUGAAAACCGAAGAUGAGGAAUUGACAACAGCCGAAAAAUCUCCAGAUGAUAACAAAUUGAACAAUUCGAGAAGGAACUAUACUAUUGAAGACUUGACGCAGGCUGUUGAUGCUAUUAGAGAAGGCAAACUUGGAACCAGAAGAGCCUCUGUGGUAUACGGUAUCCCACGCUCCACUCUCCGAAACAAAAUCUAUAAGCUCGAGGCAGAAGGAGCGAUUCCAUCAAAAAUUCGUCGGGGCAAGAUUGCCGCCCGACGAGCCGAGGCCGAGCAGAAACGAUGUGACGAGGCUUCUGCUGCCGCCGCUAUGUUGGACUCUUUCGGCAAUCAGUCUGACUCAUCCUCAUCGUCACCUCAUGCUUCAAUGUGUCCAAGCUCACCUGACAGCACAAACAGCAGUGUGGAGGGAACAGAAGAUACACCGGAGUCAAAGAAGUCAAGUUCCCCUUUGGAUCCCAAGUGGCUUGAGUCUAUCUGGCAGAACUUGUUCAAAACUCAAACUGGCGUGGUCCCAGCGGAGAACGGAAUGACCGUCACAACAGUUGAAACUGACACACCCACCACGCCAACACCAGAGAAAGCACAUAAAGUUCACGGAACAGAUGAAUGGAAGAGAAGCCGGCCGAAAAGAGGACAGUAUAGAAAAUACGACAAGAAUGCGUUGGAUGAGGCCGUCAGAAGUGUUCGUCGUGGGGAGAUGACCGUGCAUCGUGCCGGAAGCUUUUUUGGAGUCCCUCACUCUACGCUUGAGUAUAAGGUAAAAGAAAGAAAUCUAAUGCGUAAAAAGAAGGACUCUCUACUCUUCAAUAAUGACUCGUCUACCAGCGAAGAAGGAACAAAUUUUAUUCUAUCCGCGAUUUCUCAACAAUCCAACUCAUCUUCUCAUACCUCCACCCCCAUUCAGUUCCCGAUAUCUCUUGUUUAG